AUGGUCCCGGAGUCCUCUCGGUGGCUGAUGGUGAAUGGGAAUGUGGAGGAGGCGAAGAAAGUGCUGUGCUACGCAGCCAGUGUGAACAAGAAGACCAUCCCUCUCACUCUGCUUGGUAAGAUGCACCUCCAUAGAAAGAAGGUGACUAAGGCUUCUCUCCUGGACUUCUAUAACAAUAAGAGACUCUGCAACCUGAUUGUGGUGUUGGCCAUUGUGUGGUUUGCCAUCAGUUACAGCUAUUUUACCAUGAGUCUCAAGAUGAAAGAUGUUGGCGUGAACAUCUACUUCAGAGAGUUGAUCCGUGCAUUCCUGGAGGUGCCAGCCCGGCUGUGCUCAAUGUUAAUUAUGGAGCAGAUAAAGAGGAAGUGGAGCUUGGCUGUGACUCUCCUCCUAGCUUCUAUCCUGUGCCUGCUCGUCAUUCUCCUCCCUGAAGUGAUCAUGAAUUUGCUAAAAGAAGCUCCAUCCUACUCCUCAGAGCUUCUGAGGGGAGAAGGACAGAGAAUCAUGUCCGUCCUAAUGGAACCAGGGCAGCAAGGCACUGGGCCUCCUGUGGCAGGUUUGGAGUGCAGUGAGGCAGAGCCAGCCUUCAACCUUCACUACACUUGGUGCCCCCACACUGCACUGGGCACAAGUUCCCAAGCUUUUGGACAACAAGAAGCAGGAGCCCUAACCUUCUACUUUCAGGAUCAUUUUCUGGUCCUCCACUCUUUACUAGGACAGCCUCCGAGGCUUAAGGAGCUGGUGCUGUGUUGUCAGCACACUUUUCAGGCCUUGUGGGUGAGUGCAGAGCCCUCCACCCGUGCACAGCCUUCCAGCAGUCUCUGGAGUGACAGGCUUCCGUUUGUUCUGGUUGCUCUUGACAAGUUUGUCAGUAGCAGAGGGGUCAUCCCUGAGAUCAAUAUCAUCGGUCUCGCCACAGCCUUCGUGCACACGUUAGAACUCUACAUGGCCCUGCGCUUUGCUGUGGCUAUUGCUGUCUCUGGAUUUGCCUUCAGUAGCGUCACCCUGCUUACAGAGUGGGUGGGGCCCUCACGGAGGACCCAUGCUGUGGUCCUGACCCAGUGCGCCUUCGCCUUGGGGCAGAUGGCACUAGCAGGACUUGCCUAUGGUGUCCGCAACUGGAGGCUCUUUCAGAUUGCAGGCACGGCCCCUGUCCUACUGCUCUUCUUCUACUUCUGGGCUCUGCCAGAAUCUGCGAGGUGGCUCCUGACCCGAGGGAGGAUAGAGGAGGCUAAACAAGUGAUCCAGAAGGCGGCCUUGGUCAAUAGGCGGAAACUCUCACCAGAGCUCCUGAACCAGCUGGUCUCAGAGCAGAUAGAACCUUCAGGGAGUGCCCUGGAUCUGCUCAGGGUACCCAGGUGGAAGGUGACCCUAGUUCUCUUUUGUGUCUGGUUUGUGAACAGUCUGGGGUACUUCGGCCUGGGCCUCAAAGUGGGAGACUUUGGUCUGGACAUCUACCUGACUCAGCUGAUUUUUGGAGCAGUGGAGGUGCCUGCCCGCUAUGCCAGCAUCUUCAUGAUGCAGAAGUGGGGCCGCAAAUGGAGCCAGAUGGGGACUUUGGUUCUAGGUGGACUCAUGUGUAUCACCAUCAUUUUCAUCCCAGCAGACUGAGGGGUAGGAAUAAGUGUGCUGGCCGUGGUGGAGAAGAUCGCCACAGCUGCUGCCUUUACCGUUGCCUACGUGUACUCUGCUGAGCUCUUACCCACUGUCAUCAGGCUGAUGGGCAUGGGGCUGGUGGGCAUCUUCUUACGGAUUGGGGGCAUCAUCAUGCCUCUGGUGAUCCUGCUGGAGGAGUACCACAUGGGCCUGCCCUUGCUCAUCAUCGGCAGCUUCCCCAUUUUGAUAGGCUUGCUCUGUAUCCUGCUGCCAGAGACACGUGGCCAGGCCCUGAAGGACAGCAUUGAAGGAGCAGAGGCCUCACCCACA